AUGCCGAAGGUCAAGUACCCGCGGAAGAUCCGCGAGCUCGUGAAGAAGGCGAACGCCGGCUGCGGAGAGGCGGCGUGGGCGAUCGCCAGGCACUACGACAACGGGUCCGGCGGCGUGGAGAAAAACGAGGCGCUCGACGUUCAGUGGACCGAAAAAAGCGCAGCGUUGGGAUAUUCCCUUGCACAGCUAGUGCUCGGCGUGCGCAUGCGUGAUAAAGGCGACUAUACCAGCGCACGUGCGUGGUUCGAGAAAUCCGCGGCGGGGGGGGUUGAAGGCGUAGCAGAGUUUGCACUCGGUUCCCUCUACUACGAAGGCCAGGGCGUCGAGAAAAACCCUGCGACGGCGAUAGAGUGGUGGCGCGCUGGCGCGUUGAAAGGGGGAGUUCACGCCCAGUACAACCUUGGAGCGGUUCUUUCAGAUUAUUUGCACGAAUACACUGAUGCGGUGUUGUGGCUCGAGAAAGCCGCGGCGCAGGGCUUUGUAGAUGCAAUGGACCGCGUUGGGAAUCUCUACUUCUGCGGCGACGGCGUGGAGCGAAAUGCACGUACGGCGAUGAUAUGGUGGUUGAAAGCAAGCAGGGGGGGGAGUGUCAUGGCAAAGGAGAACCUGCUUAAAAAGUUCCGACAUGGCGACUUCAUCGGAAUUGAGUCUGCUUAUGUGCUCCACGAGAAUUUGUUUGUCGAAUUAGCAGAAUACGGCGACGAAGAUUCUGUGCAAAGACUUAACCGGCUACGAAAGAAUAAAAGAGGGACUCUCCUCGUAACCGCGAAACGCACCGGGUUGGAGCUGAGCGAAGACGCCGUGGAGCGCUUCGUUUCUGGACCACUUCCCGAACAUGAAGCUAAGAAUACCUUCCAUCACCUCGCCCUUUGCUUUCUCCACGGGAGGUGUGGACUCGAGAAGAACCUUCGAAUGGCGAAGGAGGUGUUCAAAGAGUGCGAAAUUUACGACCCGGACAACGCCGCCGUCGCCGAGGAGCUCGUGAAGCUUCGUUCCUGCGUCACCUGCGGCAAAACCGACGCUCGCUGGGGUUGCAAGCUGUGCCGCGGCGUGCGGUACUGCAACAAGCGGUGCCAACAGAGGGACUGGAACCGCGGUGAACCGCCGCACAAGGAGACGUGCUCGCGCGUCGUGCACAUGUAUCCUCCCGGGCAUUUCGCUGACCUCCGCACAUACUGGUACCACGCGAAGAAGAGAGGAGAGUCAGCCUGA